AUGGAGGCUCUCACCACUCAGCUGGGGCCGGGGCGCGAGGGCAGCUCGUCGCCCAACUCCAAACAAGAGCUGCAGCCCUACUCGGGGUCCAGCGCCCUCAAACCCAACCAGGUGGGCGAGACGUCGCUGUACGGGGUCCCCAUCGUGUCGCUGGUUAUCGACGGCCAGGAGCGCCUGUGCCUGGCACAGAUCUCCAACACUCUCCUCAAGAACUACAGCUACAAUGAGAUCCACAACCGCCGCGUGGCCCUAGGCAUCACGUGCGUGCAGUGCACGCCGGUGCAGCUGGAGAUCCUGCGCCGGGCCGGGGCCAUGCCCAUAUCGUCUCGCCGCUGCGGCAUGAUCACGAAGCGCGAGGCCGAACGCUUGUGCAAAUCUUUCUUGGGCGAGCACAAGCCACCCAAGCUGCCCGAGAACUUCGCCUUUGAUGUAGUGCACGAGUGCGCGUGGGGCUCGCGCGGCAGCUUCAUCCCUGCGCGGUACAACAGCUCCCGGGCCAAGUGCAUCAAGUGCGGGUACUGCAGCAUGUACUUCUCGCCCAACAAGUUCAUCUUCCACUCGCACCGCACCCCCGACGCCAAGUACACCCAGCCCGACGCCGCCAACUUCAACUCGUGGCGCCGUCACCUCAAGCUCAGUGACAAGUCGGCCACGGACGAACUGAGCCACGCUUGGGAGGACGUCAAGGCCAUGUUUAAUGGUGGCACGCGCAAGCGGACCUUCUCGCUGCAAGGAGGCGGCGGAGGUGCUAACGGCGGGUCGGGCGGGCAGGGGAAGGGUAACACGGGGGGCGGCGGUGGCCCGGGCUGCGGCGCCGAGAUGGCCCCAGGCCCACCGCCCCACAAAAGCCUGCGUUGUGCAGAAGACGAGGCUGCCGGGCCUCCGGGUCCGCCUCCUCCCCACCCGCAGCGUGGACUGGGGCUGGCGGCUGGAGCCAGCGGCCCAGCCGUCCCCGGAGGGCCUGGGGGCGGUGCGGGCGUGCGCAGCUACCCGGUGAUCCCCGUGCCCAGCAAAGGCUUCGGCCUCCUGCAAAAGCUGCCCCCGCCGCUCUUCCCGCACCCUUACGGCUUCCCCACGGCCUUCGGCCUAUGCCCCAAAAAGGACGACCCAGUGUUGGGCGCUGGUGAGCCCAAGGGCGGCCCUGGCACUGGCGGCGGCGGCGCAGGCACCGGCGCGGGUGGCCCUGGAGCUGGCCAUUUGCCCCCAGGAGCAGGGGCGGGCCCGGGCGGCGGGGCCAUGUUCUGGGGCCAUCAACCCGCCGGGGCUACCAAGGACGCAGCGGCGGUGGCCGCAGCGGCGGCGGCUGCCACUGUGUACCCGACGUUCCCCAUGUUCUGGCCAGCUGCGGGCAGCCUCCCGGUUCCACCCUACCCGGCCGCACAGAGCCAGGCUAAGGCCGUGGCGGCCGCAGUGGCGGCGGCGGCGGCCGCGGCGGCCGCGGCUGCUGGCGGUGGCGGCCCGGAGGCCCUGGAUGGCACGGAACCAACCAAGGAGGGCGGCCUCGGCGCGGAGGAGCGCUGCCCGAGCACGCUGUCUCGAGGGCCGUUGGACGACGACGGCGGGGACGAGGGGCUGCCGCCGCCCUUGGCCCCCCUGCAGCCCCCGCUGCCUCCGCCCGCCCGCAAAGGCUCCUACGUGUCGGCCUUCAGACCAGUGGUCAAGGACGCCGAGAGCAUUGCCAAGCUCUAUGGCAGCGCCCGCGAGGCCUACGGCGCGGGGCCUGCUCCUGCUCGUGCGCCCGGGCCCGGCACGGGAACUGGCGGCGGCUACGUGAGCCCGGACUUUCUGAGCGAGGGCAGCUCCAGCUACCAUUCCGCCUCGCCCGAUGUGGACACCGCGGACGAACCCGAGGUAGACGUGGAGUCCAACCGCUUCCCCGACGAGGAGGGCGUCCAGGACGAGGCCGAGUCCAGGGCGCCUAGCGCGCCCAGCGCGGGAGGUGGCCCAGACGGCGAUCAGUCCGCUGGACCCCCGUCUGCCACCUCCUCAGGCGUGGAUGGUCCCACAGACUCUCCCGAUGACAGCCCCGCUCCCCGGCGUCGCCUCGGGCCACCCCCAGGUCGGUCGGUGUUCGGGGACUUGGCGGCCGAUGACGCGGUGCGAAGACCCGAGAGGAGUCCGCCGAACGGCGGCUACGAGUUACGAGAGCCUUGCGGGCCCCUGGGAGGCCCAGCGACGGCCAAGGUGUACGCGCCCGAGAGGGACGAGCACGUGAAGAGCGCGGCGGCGGCGGUGGCGUUGGGGCCCGCGGCCUCCUAUCUCUGCACCCGUGAGGCCCACGAGCCAGAUAAGGAAGACAAUCACUCGACCGCCGACGAUUUGGAAACGAGGAAAUCCUACUCAGACCAAAGGAGCAUCUCCCAGCCCAGUCCCGCAAACACAGACCGAGGGGAAGAGGGGCUCACCUUGGAUGUCACAGGAACUCAGCUGGUGGAGAAGGAUAUUGAAAACCUGGCCAGAGAGGAAUUGCAAAAACUGCUCCUGGAGCAAAUGGAGCUCCGCAAGAAGCUGGAGCGAGAAUUUCAGAGUCUCAAAGAUAAUUUUCAGGAUCAAAUGAAGAGGGAAUUGGCUUAUCGAGAAGAAAUGGUGCAACAGCUGCAGAUUGUCAGAGACACCCUGUGUAACGAACUCGACCAGGAGCGGAAGGCGCGCUAUGCCAUCCAGCAGAAAUUAAAAGAAGCCCACGACGCUCUGCACCACUUCUCCUGCAAGAUGCUGACGCCCCGCCACUGCACCGGCAACUGCUCCUUCAAGCCCCCGCUGUUGCCCUAGGGCCGGUCUGGCCGCGCCCACGCGCCCUCAAGCCAUGCUGCUCCUUCUCGUAAAUGCCCGCGGCGGUGCCCGGCGGCCGGAGCGAGGAACAAGCCAUUCGGACUCGACCGAUGUAAAUACAGCCCGGCCGCCGCGCGCUUCCGGGGCUCCCCGGCCUUGCUGCCCCCUGCGGGGCGUUGCAGUCCAAGGCCUGGCUCGUUUCCAAGUGUAAAUACCACGUUGUCCCCCCGACCCCCGGUUAAACUCCAGGGCCUUGGAACUCAAAGGGUUAACUGGACCCAUGGCGGGGGCGGGGGCGGGGGACUGAGAGGACAGCACCCACCCCUGCGCGUGCGCAGCCUGGGCCCCCAUUGUGAAUACAAUGUAGCAACUUCGCUGGCGGCGGCUGCUCCCUCCCCGUCCACUUCUGAAACUCUUGUUCCUAAGGACAAAGUGGCUAUGUGCAAUGGAUGUAAAUGUACUCAGUCUCUUGGUUCAGUGUUAAGUUCACGUUCAUUUAUUUGAGUCUAAGUUAUUUUUCUUUCUUCUCCUGGACCCACUUCCCCUCCCGUUUUGUAUUACCUUUUGAGGGGCUUUUUGCUUUGUCUAUUUUUGUUGUUGUUGUAACCUCUUGAUUGUAACAGCACUUUAAAAGGGCGACAACUGACUCACGAGAUGGCGACCACCUUGAGCCUGUUUGGAGGAGAUCACCCUAUAUCCGUGACUUUUGUUUUUAAUAAAAGAAAAAUCUGUCACUUUC